CGCACUCUCCUCCGCUCAGUCCUCCAGAAUCCCCCUUGCUGCUCCCUCGCCCCAUCCUGCUCGCCGCGCUCCCGCCCCAGUCCGGCCCGACUUCCCGGCUGCGCGCUCCAGGCUGGGUACGCGCCAUGGGCAGCGGCAGUAGCCGGAGCGGCCGAAUCCUGAGGCGGCGGCGCAGUCCUGACAGGCGCCAGACGAGCCCGGGAGAGACAGCCUUGGAGGGCGGCGCGGCUGACCAGGCCAAGACAGCCGCGGUGCAGGAGGAGUGCGGCCCUGAUCCCCGCCCCGCGACGCCCCCCGGCGGCCGGGAGGAGACCCUGCGCCUGCUGGACCAGUUGCUGGCCGAGUCGGAAGCCUGGGGACCCCAGGAGCAGACCCCACGAGGCCCCGCCCGGCUCCCACCCGCGGUGUCCCCAGAAAAGAAGGUUACGGGCAGCCCUGAAGACAGCUGUGCCUCGGAAGCCCCAGGCAGCAGCCCCAAGAGACCUGAGGGGCAGUCGUCCAUCUCCUAUGAUUACUCAGAAGAGGAGCUCAUGGCGAGCAUCGAGCGGGAAUACUGCCGCUGAGCCGGAUGAGCGGCCCUGGACACCACUGCCCAGACCUUGUAGGUCUGUGAGCUGGGCUAGAGCCAAAGGCACCAGCUUACCUACGCGCGACCUAGCCAGAGGGGAAUACAGCUAUCUUUCCAAACUGAUCUUUUAAGGUUCACGGCUGGAGUCCUGCCGAUGGCCUGGCCGACCAAGAGUGAGGGGCAAGUAGGUGCCAGGCCACAGGCGUGUGCAUACCUCCUCUUACUUUGAGGGGUAGCCUGGCCGUAUGGUUCCCCUGAAUCUGAACUGUUUGUCUGCUCUGCCCAGGUGGGAAAGGGUCAAUCUGUCUUGGCAUCUGUGCCACAGGCUUCUUCUAGAAGUU